UGGUUGUUCUCUCAUUCUCGGCUUUCGUAUCAAUCGCCUUUUCUGACGUCUUACUAAUUUUCAGGUAAAAGCCUUUUCGAACCCAUCCCGACCAACAGAUCUUGCGUAGAAAACAAUGUCGUCAAAAACUUCUGUCUAUGUAUGGUCUCAGAGCCAAAAAACGAAAGGUCACUGCUAAACUACACUGCGAUGCACAUGUCACUCUCAAAAUACUUUGAAAAAUUCGACUGCCUUCAAGACAAAUCUUUGAAUUGCGAGAAGAACGCAGAUAUACGAGUACCAAACGAAAUGGUUCGCCUCAGAUUAAGGAGUAAAGCCGACUUACGAGACCAGAAGGCAAAACCGUCACAAUUCGAGUACAUCUACCAAAAGUGCAGCGCAAAGAGUACGACUGCCAAGAUCCUAGACAUCACUGUUCAAUAUCGAUUUGAUCGGAGAUCAAGCUAUUCUAUAAUCUACCCGCCUAUGAUAAGACCUGGUGGUGGUCGUUGUUCUAGUCGUAGAAAUUUGUUUGCUUAUUGCCGAUGUCUAUACAAGGAAAAAACUAAGCUUUGAUAAUUAAUUUAUAAUGUUUUAGAGUUAACUAGGUAAUUAAAAUUUGUGUUUGCACUUUGUAUGUGGCCUUUUUUCUUCUUUUUUUUUGCUGUCAUCACUUUCACACUUGCGUUAGGUGAGACGCACAGUUUGUGGACAUCUGCCACAAAACGUGCAUCUUACUGCACAGUCCGUAUGGGCGCAGGCGGCGAAAUAACUUGUCUUUCCUUCCAUAUCAACUUUUCAUUGAUAAUUAAAUUCUUAUUAAAUCACUCAUUUUUGAAGUGUAUUGCA